GAGGAUUAAACAGUGUAAUUGGUGAUGAAUCAGAUUGUAUGAAUAUUCAUAACGAAUCAUGUUUAUACAUUUCAUUUGUUGUUUUUUUAUUUGAUCUUUAUUGUUUGAUGACGUUUGGUUGUUUCCUUGCCUAUCAGCUUCUUCUCUGUAAUGAUGCUGUUCUCUGAUGUGAGGAGAACCCCGGUUCCCUGCCGGUUCUUAAAGCGCGCACUCCUUCAUCUCUCUCCGUGAUCUGCCGCCAGACCACGCGCUUCCCCUUUAAAAGAAAAGGAUUUCCCCCUCCUCUCGUCUCCUCUCCUCUCCCACUCUCAGGCUCAGUCGCGCGCUCUGCUUCCUAUUGUUCCGAGUGUCAGAGCCGGAUUUACAUUAAUUAAUCACCGUAACCGUUACCGGUUGAUAGACAGACAGACACCUACAGACAGACAGACAUCCCGCACGCGGGGUCAUCAGAGGAUGCUCCUACCGCGGCUUCAUCCCAAAUGACUCACGGCGAACAUACGGCGCACCACGCAUUGUGCAGGAGCCGCUAUUCCGUGUUCCCUAUGUAGUGCACUUGUAUAGGGAUCAGGGACCGGUUUCGGGUUAACACUGAGGACAGGAACCGGGGCACGCAGACACACCGGUGAGGACACGACACAAUCCCCUUAAUUAACACAUAUAGUCUUUACUUAUCUCCUAACACUGCAUUAACAUUCAGUACUGUAAGUGUUCAUCAGUAGCCUAAUUCAGUAUGGUGUUACUUAAACUGCUGCUUUAACUUCAGCAUUUUAAGUGUUAAUUAAUCAGUGUAGGUUGUAAUAGUUGGUGUUAAUUCAGCUCUGUAGAUAAUUCUGUAUGUGUUAGUCAAACACUUCAGGUUUUAAUUCAGCCUUGUCCGUGUUAAUGCCUGUACGCAUGUAACUCAUAAUCACUACAGGUAACACUACAGGUGCAGCACUAAUUCAGCUCUGUGUGUGUUCACUCAACACUGAUCUAACUCCAAGAGUGAGGUAAAUGUUGUGGUAAGAGAGGAUGAAGGUGAUGAUUAUGAUGAUAAUGAUGAUGAUAAUGAAGGUGAUGACCGUGACGAUGAUGAUGAUGGUGAUGAUGAUGAUACUCUGGUGUUGUUUUACUCGGUUGUUAAGUGUGAAAGUAAAUCAGUUUUUUCUCCUCGUGCUCACAUGAUGUCUCUGAAGAUGAUUAUCGUGUGUGUGUGUGGAACAGCCACAAUCCAGCCUUCUGUUUAACUCUGUGUUUAAUAAAUAAGCGUGACGAUAACUCUCUACACGCUCUGCCUUCCGGUGUAAACACAGUGUAAAAAUAACACGUGUUUACUGUGUGUGUUCUUUGUGUUCUCUCGCAUGUCCUUAUUUUCUCACACACUCCUCUGAUUUUGUUUUGUAUAGUCUCUGCCUGCCAUCACAUGGAUGCUGUCAGCUGCACACGGCUUAUAUACAGGUUAUAUACAGGUGUUCCAUUUGAUUACAAACUGAGUUUAAUGAUCAUUUAAUCAAGCUAUUGAAGAAAAACUAUUUCAGACACUUGACCUUGCUGUGACCUUGACCCUGUUUGGAUCUAAUACAAAAUCUAAUCUAACUCCAGGUAAAUCCUACAAACAUUAACCACUCGAGAAUCUCAGAAUGGAUGGACAUGAGGGUGUUCAUGCGACUCACAGUUACAGAUAGAGAUGAUCAGAGAUCUGACUCUGUGCAGCUCAUAAAGUUCUUAAACACAUAGAAUUUGAUGGAUUGACUGAGGGAUAUUCUCUGUUUCUUCCCCAGAGCGAGUGUGUGUGUGUGUGUGUGUAAGAGAGAAUGGCCCCAAGGCCAUCUUCAGGUGAGUUAUGGGGUCUACACCUGAUGCCCCCCCGUAUUUUGGUGGAUUGCUGUUUACCCAACGGGAUGCUCGUCAGUCUGGAGUGUUUACGUGAAGCUCCACUCAUCAGCAUCAAACAGCAGCUAUUCACAGAGGCCCGCAAAUACCCCCUCUACCACCUUCUGCAGGAGGAGUCUUGCUACAUAUUUGUGGGCGUGACCCAGGAGGCAGAGAGGGAGGAGUUUUAUGAUGAAACACGGCGACUGUGUGACCUUCGACUCUUCCAUCCUAUCCUAAAGGUCAUCGAACCUCUCGGCAACCGAGAAGAGAAGAUCCUCAACCGUGAGAUCGGCUUUGCUAUAGGCAUGCCAAUCUGUGAGUUUGAGCUGGUGAAGGACUCGGAGGUGCAGGACUUCAGGAGGAGCAUCCUGAGUGUGUGUAGGGAGGCGAUGGAGGAGCGUGAGGGAGGAGGACCACACACACACGCUCUGUACGUUUACCCUCCCAGUGUGGAGUCAUCACCACAACUACCACAGCACAUCUAUGCCAAACUUGACAAAGGGCGUUUGAUUGUGACGAUCUGGGUGGUGGUGUCUCCAUCUAAUGCCAAGCAGAAGUACACGCUGAAGAUCGCUCACGACUGCAUGCCGGAGCAGCUGAUUGCUGAGGCCAUCAGGAAGAAGACGCGCAGUAUGCACCUGUCAGCUCAGCAGCUCCGCCUGUGUGUGCAGGAGUAUCAGGGACAGUACAUCCUCAAGGUGUGCGGCUGCGACGAGUACCUGCUGGAGAAGUACCCGCUCAGCCAGUACAAGUAUAUCCGAAGUUGUAUUAUCGUGGGGAAGUUGCCACACCUCAUGUUGGUCAGUAAAGACAGUGUGUAUGAUCAGCUGCCGUGCAGUGGCUUCGUUACUCCGUCGUACAGCCGCCGCACACCCCAGCCCAGCCCAAGUCCCGGAGGGGGUGACCCUGCUAACCCCCGCUCACUCUGGACCUUCAAUGCUCACACUCCGCUCCGCAUCAGGCUCAUCUGCGCCACCUAUGUCAACGUCAACAUCCGGGACAUCGACAAGAUCUAUGUGAGGACUGGUAUAUAUCAUGGAGGGGAGCCUUUAUGUGACAAUGUCAACACACAGAGAGUUCCAUGUUCCAACCCCCGGUGGAACGAGUGGCUGAUGUACGAUAUUUCUCUGACUGAUCUCCCACGCUCCGCCCGUCUCUGCCUCUCCAUCUGCUCCGUCAAGGGUCGCAAGGGGGCUAAAGAGGAACAUUGUCCCCUGGCCUGGGGGAAUGUGAAUCUGUUUGAUUAUAAGGACACACUGGUCAGUGGUAAAGUGGCUCUGAGUCUCUGGCCUGUUCCACAUGGACUAGAGGAUCUGCUCAAUCCCAUCGGCGUGGCAGGACCCAACCCCAACAAGGAGACUCCGUGUGUAGAGUUGGAGUUCCCCUCCUUUAAUCACACAGUGGUUUUUCCAGAUGAACAGCAGAUCGAGGAACAUGCCAACUGGAUCAUCUCCCGGGAGCUGGGAUACAACUACUCCCUGGGCCUGAGUAAUCGGUUGGUGUGUGACAGCUCCAUCUCUCAGGCGGAGGCUGAACAACUUCGCGCUCUCUGCAACCGAGACCCGCUGUAUGAGCUCUCAGAGCAGGAGAAAGACUUUCUGUGGAGACAUCGACAUUAUUGUGUGAAUAUUCCAGAAAGUCUUCCCAAGCUGCUUCUCGCUGUCAAGUGGAAUUCACGGGAUGAAGUGUCACAGAUGUAUUGUCUGCUCCGUGAUUGGCCCCUCAUGCAGCCCGAGUCAGCUCUGGAGUUGUUGGACUGUAAUUUUCCCGAUCCGAUGGUGAGAGAGUUCGCUCUGCGCUGCCUCAUGCAGGGACUCACUGACGACAAGAUCAGCCAGUACCUCCUGCAGCUCGUCCAGGUACUAAAGUAUGAGAUGUAUCUGGAUAAUCCUCUGGCUCGGUUCCUCGUUAAGAAAGCUCUGACCAAUCAGAGGAUAGGACACUUCUUCUUCUGGCACUUGAAGUCGGAGAUGCACAAUAAGACAGUGUCUCGGCGGUUUGGUUUGCUGUUGGAGGCGUUCUGCAGGUCAUGUGGGAUUUACCUGAAACACCUGAACAGACAGGUGGAGGCCAUGGACAAGCUGGUGAACAUGACUGACACGCUGAAACACGAGAAGAAGGAUGAGACGCAGAAGACCCAGAUGAAGUUCCUGGUUGAACACAUGUCCCGCCCCGAUUACAUGGAGGCUCUGCAGGGAUUCGUCUCUCCUCUGAAUCCUGUACACCAACUGGGUAACCUCAGGUUGGAGGAGUGCAGGAUCAUGUCUUCAGCGAAGCGUCCUCUCUGGCUGAACUGGGAGAAUCCUGACAUCAUGAGUGAACUUCUCUUCACCAACAACGAGAUUAUCUUCAAAAACGGAGACGACCUGAGGCAGGACAUGCUGACUCUCCAGAUCAUUAGGAUCAUGGAGAACAUCUGGCAGAAUCAGGGACUCGACCUGCGGAUGUUGCCGUACGGGUGUCUCUCUAUCGGGGACUGUGUGGGUCUGAUCGAAGUGGUGAGGAACUCCUUCACUAUAAUGCAGAUUCAGUGUAAAGGAGGCCUGAAGGGGGCACUGCAGUUUAACAGCAACACACUGCACCACUGGAUCAGAGAGAAGAACAAGGGGGAGACUUAUGACAGUGCGAUUGAUCUAUUCACUCGUUCGUGUGCUGGUUAUUGUGUAGCUACCUUUAUCCUCGGCAUUGGAGACAGACACAACAGUAACAUCAUGGUCAAAGAGAACGGACAGUUGUUCCAUAUAGACUUUGGACAUUUUCUCGACCAUAAGAAGAAGAAGUUUGGUUAUAAGCGUGAGCGCGUCCCCUUUGUCCUCACACAGGAUUUCCUCAUCGUCAUCAGCAAAGGAGUGCAGGAGUGUACCAAGACCAAGGAGUUUGAGAGGUUUCAGGAGAUGUGUUACAAAGCGUACCUGGCGAUCCGUCAGCACGCAGGUCUCUUCAUUAACCUGUUCUCGUUGUUGCUGGGCUGCGGAAUGCCCGAGCUGCAGAGCUUUGACGACAUCGCCUACCUGAGGAAAACCUUGGCUCUGGAGAAGAGCCAGCAGGAGGCGCUGGAGUACUUCACCAAGCAGAUGAACGACGCCCACCAUGGCGGCUGGACCACCAAGAUGGACUGGAUCUUCCACACCAUCCGGCACAUGCCCAAUGAGCACUGACACACACACCCACACACACACACACACACACACACACACUUUUCAGGACUGCUCUGGAGAUCUGUAGGACUGAUGAGGAACCAGUGAGGAAUCUCAGAACAUCUACACAUGAGGUAACCACAAAGACUCUUGGGAAACUUAGAUGAUAGUGGGAGCAUUUGAUGCACAUUUAUUAUAUAUGCACACACACACACACACACACACACACACACACACACACGCACUACUUUCAUGCACUAAUAUUAUUAGAGCACUGCACUAAGUAGGGGCAAUGAAGUCACUACAGUAUUACAGCAAAAUGGAUAUGCACAGUUAUUAUGUAUGCACACACACACACACACACACACACACUCACACACACACACACUCACACACACACACACAUCCCUGCACUAUGUAUGGAGUGUGUGUGUAAUAAGUGAUAAGUUCUGAAAUUUACACUUGAAGUUUAUUUUCCUUUGGCUGAUGAUGACCUGCAAGAAGCUCUUCUCCAAUCAACUACCACCUACUCUGCACUACACGUCCUCAGGGUUACACAAAGGUCAAAGGCCAAGCUUUGGUGCCAAAAUGGAGGGCAAAAUCUGCCUCAAUGCACGUCCUAUAAUGCAACACAAACCCCCACAAAACCUGAUAUGCUUGAGCAGCACGAUGACGAGGAUGUGACAGUCUUCCUCAGUAAACACUUAUUACACUUUUAGGGAAAAAUGCAAUGUUAAUGUUUGUGUUAAUGAGCUUUAAAACCAGCGUCACUGUGAAAGCAAUCUGACCCUAUGAACAACUCACAACAUGCGCUUAACAAUCAAACACAUUGAUCAAUCUAAAAUUUGUUAAACUUAUUUAUCGAUUAUAUGUCUUUCUUAAACGGAAGCUUUGAAAUGUAUUUUCUACUUAAAAUCAAAUAUAUUCUAUCAUUUUAAAUAACUAAUUUAUAAAUUUACAUCAUUCGUUAAUUGUAUCGAACAAACAACUUGACAUAAAUCAGCAUUUUCACACCUGUACACUACAAUCAACUUUAUAAAAGAUAAGCCUCAACUAAACAAUUAAAUCAUAACUCAGGUGUAGAAUGAUCUAAAAUACGUAUUACGAUCAAUCUUAUUGAUAAAUCAGUCAUCAUUGGGUCAGUCCAAGUCGGUUGCAUGAUUGUUUUUAAUUUUUCUAAUUGGUUUUGAGUGAUUACCUCUAUGUAUUGUUUUUGCAAAACCACCACUAUGAUGGCCAUCUUUUUGUCAUGGCACACAACAAAUUUUGGUUAUACAGCUGUUUACGGAAACCUCAAUAUCAUUUUGCAGAACAUUUUGCACAUUCUUUUCCUUAGACUUAGAAAUUAAGUCCAAACGUAAAGCUCAUGAUCGCUCACAGUUCUACAUUUAGGUUCAAUUUAUAACGAGAAGGGUUUGAGUCUCAGUCUUAAUUUUUUUAGGGGGUACCUGGGUAAAUAUAGUAUGCAUGCAGAACAUUUCAGAUUUGAGACUUCUCUUAUUUAAAAAAAAAAUUAUGUGGGUGAGAAACUUUUUGUAAAAAUUCCCCUCACUUUCGGGAUGAAUAUCUCUGGUGGGGGACCAGAUACGAACCUGAAAUUUUCACAGAAAUAAGUCCUCUAUAGUAGCAUUCUGCUGUAAAAAUUGUGAGUUUGAGGUUGGAGGUAAACUCUGCAGGACAGUGGACCUCGAGGGCCAGAUUUGAAGAACCAACCUGUUCUAUUAUGUUGGUAAUGGUGUACAGUUGGUAUGCAUGAAUAGAUUUUAUCCAAAAAUGGAUGUACACUGCUAAGUUGGGUGUUUUACAAAUGAAUAGAGUCAUAAACUGAGCUGUGUUUUACAAUGACAAUACAUCAGGAAAUUAAAAAAAAAAAUCAGGAAAAUAUAAAAAAAAAGUCGAGCAACCUGCUUUAGACCACUUGAGAUGGACUGAUCCAUUUCUUAAAUGUGAGCUUCCGUUUUUCUUUUCCUAUCUAAACAUUGCUAUUUUCACCCACUACCCAGCUUACUUCAUUAUAUUAUAAGAAGCUAAUUCAGGUUUUCUUUAUAAAAGACAACUCUGAGGGGAAAUAUCACAACAAAUUUACAUCAAUUAACAGCAUUUUAAAUGUUGUGACGUACGUGCAAGCUACAAAAUAUAUAAAAUUCAUAUAAAGUGUGACCCAGCUUAUGUCAUUUUUGCCGUUGAAUCAACAAGCAUUUUUCUUAGAUAUAAACUUUAAUUUGCAUUUUUCUAAAUGACAACUAAUAACUAAGAUUCUUUCACAUAAAUCAGGAACUUAUCAAUGUGCAAAGUAACAUUUCUUAAAAGAAAAACGGAACUUUACUGGUAAAAAAAUCAAAGUAAUCAAAGUCAAUAAAAUUAAC